ACUACUGACAGUUUUUUUUUUCAGAUAAAUCAAAACCAAAUCCACGGUUAACGAAGAAAAGAACACAAUUUUUAAAUUUGUACACAAUGGGUGAGCGUUUCUAUAGAUGCUGGCCGUGUGAUAGAAACGGAAAAGGCGAAAACUUAUUUUACGUAAUGGAGAAUUCCGAGCCCAUGCUUCAUCAACAGCUACCAACAUCAUCGCCGACCACCGCCCUGUACUCGAACUUUAAUAAACCUUCGGAAGCAGGAGCAGCAGAAGGACCACGUUUUAAUAAAACUGGGUCACACGUCCAUAGCCCGUAUGUAGGCGAUGGUCAAGUGAAAAAAAAUUCUGAACUCUUAUCUUUUCGCAGCCACCUGAAUCUGUUCCAAUAUGUUCGUACCAUGUCGAACACCACGUUCAAUAGCCGCAACCGAUAUAUUCCGUACUAUAACAAUCGUUCCUACACCGCUUCGGCAACGGCUCUCUCUAUGUCGAGUACUCCCCUGAUCAACAGCCAUACGCAGAUCCAAGAGCAACAAUGUGCAGCGUCUUACCAAACGAUUGUUCCGCUUUAUCAGACCACAAGCCACUGUGCGCAGCAACAGACAAAAUUGCCAUUGGUGACUCCAGUCCUAGACAAUUCAUUCGCUGAAAGCAACACUUGCUCCAUGGCCGACAUUGCCUCUCACAACAUUCAAAUUAAUACGAUUCCGACUAAUGUAUUGUUGCCUUGCUCCAGGCCUACAACAACCGCGGUGGCCAUCCAAAGGUCAGCCAGCGAAGAAGGUGGAGAUAAGGAAGGUCAUUCUUCUGCCAAGAUUACAGAGAUGAGCGAUUUGGUAACUUUGCAGAUCACCAACUUGGAUUACUCGCUUGACGAAUCACAUCUACGCAGCUUUCUACUUAAUCAGCUUAAGCCCAUUACGCCCGUUGUGUCACUUCUCUUUGAGGGAAGCUCCUAUGCCAAAGUCACUGUUCCUGAUCUUUACUUCGCAAAGCAGGUCGUCUCUAAUUUGCACCGUAAGAAGAUUGGUCACAAGCGCAUGCUGGUCAGUUAUACUCGCGAUUCCUCCCUAACAGAGGUCAACACACUUCGCUGCCAGGUCGCAGGACUUCUAAAGGAUGUCCCGUUCAACACCCUCCCAAUGUAUAAGUUCAGAGAACUCUUUCAGUCGCGCUUUAAAACCUCAAUCAGUGUUUUAGAUUUAUACAAAAUGCAAGACAUAUGUAACAUUAACUCGGACAACAAUGAGGAAAAGUUUAUCAGCUUAAAUCCUGAAUUGGUAAACACACUCGAUAUAUCCCCCUUAAUGGAAGGACUCCAACAUAGUGUUCCUUACUGUAGUAUUCAUUUUAAAAAGGAACAGCACAAAGGAUGGGCCGAGCAGGAAAUCGAGCCACUACCGAAUGUCUUCAUGAGCAUUUCGGAAAUUCAGAAACUAAUUUAUCCACUCCUCAAGGUACAUACGGGCGACAUUCCAGUGGCUACCCUUCUACACUGCAUCAAAGAAGUGCUUAAUGUAUCAAUAAUGGCCAAUGAAAAUGGCGUCAACUUGGAGCAUUUGAUCUGCUGUGUUCAGGGCAUUCAAGUUCGGGCAAACAAUUUUGGCAUUAAAAUUCUCGGAUGGUUAGAAAUAAACAAAGAAAUGCAAUCAGGAACUUUUAAUGCCAGUUCAUAUAGCCUAACUGCCAGUGAUCGCAUGAAUUGUGGAAGUUAUUUCAAAAACUCAGUUGCCGAUCCGCUUUUCCAAAUUUCCCGCGAAGUUAUAGAGCUGUUAAAGAUGUCACCAAAAUCAACUAUGAAAUUCAACCGUUUUAUUCCAGCCUAUCACAAUCACUUCGGAAAGCAAUGUCGAGUUGCAGACUAUGGUUAUACAAAAUUAAUCGAACUGUUUGAGGCAUUGUCAAACGUUGUUCAAAUUAUGGGAGACGGUGAAAAUCGUCAAAUUACGCUUACCCACCGUAUUCAAAUACGCAGGUUUACAUCGGACUUAUUGCGGGUUUUACGCGUAAAUGGUAACAACUCAGUUUUGCUUUCGCAGUUGUCGUUAGUUUUUACGCAGACCCAAAAUAAGACAUUUGACAUCACUGAUUAUGGAGUGUGCGACCUUAUAGACAUUCUAGACGGUUUAGUAAGCUCCAAUAUCGUAACUUUAGGCACUGUACAGAACGGAAAAGAUAUUCUUAUAUCAAUGCCAAAACGCAAACAGACCAACAGUGAAAUGGAAAAAACGUGUGUGUUCGCUGGCGAAAUGAUCGAGCUUUUUCAAAACGCUCUUCAGUACACAAUUUCAUUUCAGAAGUUUGUACGCUCCUAUCAUUAUCACUUCGCAUACCAAUGUCGUUUAAGUGACUACGGCUUUCUAAAACUGGCCGAUCUUUUAGAUGCAAUUAAUGGUUUAGUGGAAAUGGAGUUGACAACUGAUGAGGACAAGAAAAUUGUUCUCUCGCCAAAAAUGGCUAGAAGAGUUUUCUCUGAACAAUGUGAGAACCUAAUUCGCAAUGCAACAGGAAACCCAUCGCACUGUAUGAAGCUAGAUCAGGUGCUCAUAAUGCACAAAAAGAAAUAUGGCUACCAAAUUAAACCGAAAACUUUGGGGGUUUCGGAUAUGGCUAUGGCAGUUGAGCUGAUGCCUUACGUCGAGUUGAAAAAAAAAGAGCAGACCAUUUGGAUCAUUUGCCACAAUAACGAUCUUGAGUUUCGUUUUCUUUGCUACAAGGUGUGUAAGUAUGUCUUUGAGAGGGAUCCUUACGUACCAGCUUUAACAAACGUUAGAGGGGAAGUUAAGUUACCUCAAUCUCAACAAUUUUUAAAAGCGAUUCACAAAAGCACAUUAGUUAGAGAUUUCAAUGCUGAACAUAAGGACCAGCUGUCAGAGUCAGCUCUUUUAGCCAUGCAACAUGCGAUUGAGAUAUACAAUGAUGGUGGCAUACAGUGCAUUCGUCUAACCCGUUUCAUGAGGUUUUUAAUUGCCAUUGUACGUAUGCUUGAACAGCGACCAAGCAUGUAUCUGUAUGAGAUCAAGAAUGGUUUAAACUGUGGCCUUAGCACCACUUUUGAAUUCGGAUUCCCAAACCUAUAUUCAGUGAUUACAGCACAUAAAGAACUAUUCAGGAUUAACAAUGGACCAACGCAAGAAAGAAGUGAGGUUUCCAUCAGUACCAACUGUGAGCUUCGACAAAGUUCCUUUGGCAAAGACCAGUACAUGCUGGAAUCCCAGAAUCAACCAUAUUAUAAAAAUCAAGCACAACGGAGCUUUCAUGGUCACUUUGGGGAGUAUAAUGGACUUCCAAUCAGUCAGCCCACCCAGAAACGAAGCGCAACAAUCAACAAUUAUUCUACAAUCCAAACAUUCCAUGCCGAUAACGACCUACUUAAUCUGCCAGAAAAUCGUUUUCCGUCAAGAACCAUCUCAUCAUUGCCUAAUAGUUUCGGAUCAGCUCUGGACAGUGGUAGUCUUUCCAAUAGUUACAGCAACAAGGAAAACUCUAUGAAAUCUCUUCAGUUAUUUAACAGUUCAUUUAACUCGUCUAGCGAGCUAAAUGUCACUCUAGGAGCAGGAGAUCUAACAAACAUAUCUGCAGAAACAGCUAUCCCAGCCGACACUUCAUAUGAUCAACCAUCCGAACUUUGGCGUAGACGUCAAAAAAACUUGAAUCACCGCAAUUCAUCAAAUUUUCCCAAAUCAGAUAAUGGAAAUGACGGUCCUUACGUCAUGGGAAAUUGCAUCGCACUAGAAUCCAUUUAUGAGCCAACGAAGUAUGGGGCUCAAACAAAAGAGAAAUUACCCUUUUGGAUUGAUCCCAUUUGGAGCAAAGGAUCGGAACAGCUUAGUCAUGACAUACUUAACAUUCGAAUACCCAAGGCCAAAUCAACUAAACCGUUUUCCACCAUACUCUCACCAUACACCAUUUCGAAAAAUGAAAAUUUAAAGCGACAAUUGUUUAAUUUUGAUAAUCACGAUCGUAAAAUAGCCUAAUACCAAGUGGUAAACCUAUUGUCAAAAUAAUACUUAUUGUAAUAGCACUAAGAAUUAUUUAAUGUGCUCAUAUUUUGAUUCACUUAAAAGACUUCGUAAGAAUACAAAUAAGAAAAAUGUAUUUUUCAUUUCUUGUAUUUAUUCUGUGUUAGGUAAACUUUUUAAAUUUAUUGUAAAAAAUUGUAUUAUAUAAAUAUUUUAUACUGUCGAGUAUUGCUUGUAAAGAAGAACAGGGAUAGCGAAUGAAUCGGCUGUAAAUACAGCGGCUGCCAUACGUUCGGACAAAUCCACAAAAUUUGUUGAAUAUAUCACCUUCCCAGUACCAAUAA